CCUGCGGCGGGGCGGCGCGCAGCCGCGAUGGUGGAGGCGUGAGCGCGGCGGGCCGGCGGCAGGCACCGUCCCCACGGGGCGCGGCGGCGGCCCGGGCCGGGCAUGGAAGUGGAGAAGAUGGAUGAGAAUGAAUGGAAGUACCACGGGGAAGGCAACCAGAGCCUCGUCGUCUCCCACUGCCAGGACAUACUUGCAUGACUAAUCAUCAUUCUUGUGAUCUGAUGUCAAGUCAUUCUCAGCGCUGUGUGGUGCUGCGGUUUUUGAAGUCCCCCCCAAACCAGAAUAAGACUCCAGAGGAAAUACUACACCAUCUGCAAAACAUCGUAGACUUUGGAAAACAUGUCAUGAAGCAGUUCUUUGGGGAGAACUAUGUUCACCAUGGGGAAAUUAUUCAACUGCCUUUGGACUUCGUAAGACAGCUCUGUUUAAAAAUUCAGCCAGAGAGGCCAGAGUCUCGCUGUGAUAAAGAUAUGGACACUCUUAGUGGUUAUGCAAUGUGCCUUCCUAAUCUUACCAGGCUGCAGACCAAUCGUUUUGUGGAACACCGGCCAAUCCUCUGCAUAGAGAUUAAGCCAAAGUGUGGCUUCAUUCCUUUUUCCAGCCAUGUUUCACAGGAGAUAAAGCACAAGGUGUGCCGUUACUGUAUGCAUCAGCAUCUAAAGGUAGCAAAUGGAAAAUGGAAGCGACCAAGUAAAUAUUGCCCAUUGGAUCUCUUCUCAGGAAAUAAACAGAGAAUGCACUUUGCUUUGAAGAGCUUAUUACAGGAGGCACAGAACAACUUGAAAAUAUUUAAGAAUGGGGAGCUAAUUUAUGGCUGUAAAGAUGACCAGGACUGUGUGUCUGACUGGAACGAACUUGCUUGUCACUUAAAACCUUUCUUUUUUCCUUCCAAUGGGUUGGUCAGUGGGCCACACUGUACAAGGACAAUUGUUAAAGAACUAAUCCAUGUUAUAACUACGACGCUACUAAGUAGUACUGAUGCCUGCAGGGCAGGUGAUAUGAAGACAGUUCCCAUUUCACAAGGAAGAAGCUACUGUGAAGCAAGUGCUUUCAAUAAGGAGCUAGUAAGAAAUGGUAAACAUAAAUUGGAAAGCUCUGGUUUACCGAGGGGUUGUCUCCUUUAUAAAACCCUUCAGGCUCAGAUGCUUGACAUGCUGGAUAUUGAGGGACUCUAUCCUUUGUACAGUAGAGUUGAGCAGUACUUGGAGGAAUUUCCUGAAGAGAGAAGUACAUUACAGAUAGACGGACCUUACAAUGAAGCAUUUUAUGAGAAGCUGCUAGAUCUUUCAACUGAAGAUGAUGGGACAGUAGCAUUUGCGUUAACUAAGGUGCAGCAGUACAGAAUAGCAAUGACUGCUAAAGAUUGCUCCAUCAUGAUUGCCCUUUCACCCUGUCUACAAGAUGAAUGCUCUGAGCAAAGACCUGUGGUACUAACAUCCAAAUCAAGAUUCACCUUUUCUGUUUCUGUCCUGGACCUUGAUCUAAAACCAUAUGAAAGCAUUCCUCACCAGUACAAACUUGAUGGCAAGAUAGUAAACUAUUAUUUGAAGAAUGUACAGGCCAAAGAUGACCCAGUUAUGUCCAAUCUCUUCAAGGAGAAUGAAGACUGCACAUUAGUUCUCCAUAAAGUGUAACUGUUUCCUUAAGGUUAUUUUUAUUCAAACACAUUAGAAAGUGAAAGAUUAAUGGAAUACAAUUAUGGUGAUUUUUUUCUUUUCUAUUGUGUUCAGUGCAUUUUUCAGCUGUGAAUGUUUUUGCUUUAAGAAAUGAUUUCUAAUUGGUAUGCCUUUUCAAAGACAUGCAAUAGCACUAAACCACGCAUUUGCUAUAUAACCUUAAUGAAUGUAUUUAAUAGGACAGAACAGAUAAUGUGCCAUACCUUGGAACUAGAGGACAGAUCAAAUUAAUACUAAAAGUCUACUUCCUUAGAAUGGAAAGAGCACAGAACUAAAGGUUUCCUGAAGUAUUGCACUAACAUAGAAAACCUAAUUACUAACAAGAGAAAUGCCUUGGAGCUUGUGCUUCGAGUCUCACUCAUGCCUCCUAGGAAGAGGGAAUGCUCUGACAAGACCCAGUCUAAAACUUAGCAUUAAGUCCACUGAAAAUACAACUGAAGUGGCUACUCAAGUGUUACUGAUCUAUGGAACUACCAUGUUACUGCAGAACACUUUUCAGUACUAAUGCAUGAGAUUAAGAACACCACACUGCCUCCAGAAGGUUUGAGAUCACCUUGUAUCUACCUAAAGCUUCUGAAACUAAGUGAAGAGGGUUAAAGGUAAGCGUCUUUGAGUUUUAUGUGAUAGUUGGGCUUAACUCAUCUGACAUACUGGUCUUUUAUUUUUUAUACAUUAUAUGCUGCUAUUGAAGGUGAAACCACAGCUCGCUCUUACCUAACUUAAACUGAGCUAUAAGAAUAAUAUAUUCCGAGUUUUACAGAUUAUUUCAGGUCUUUCAGAUUGUGUCAAAUGUUGGCAUUAUUUCACUGAUACCGCACACGUGUGAGCAGCUGCUUUCAGGCUCCUUCUUUUUAAGUGACACAGAAGAAAGGUGACAGUAUCUGAUUUUCUGUGCUGAAGCUGCAGGGGCUUACUUUCUCAUGAUGAGUACUGGAGCUAAGCUUGUGUCACUCUUGAGCAAUUUAAUGAUGGUUUUACUUUGUAAACAUUGGUAUGGGCAGCUGAAGUCUUGUGAGAUGUUGCAGUAAAAGCCAUCCUCAAGGAGGAUCCUGAGUUGGAGACUGAGGAUAUAUUCAAAACUGAGGGUAGUAUGAUAAAAUCUACAGCCGCUUUUCCCAUACACUUGGGGGAUUACACACCCUGAAAUGUGCAGAGAGAUGCUAGUCAAGCUACAGUGAACUGCUGUUACCUGGAUACAGUGUGUGCUUACUGGUAAUGUUUUUCAGAAUAGUGUAGGUUAACAUUUAAAAAAAUAUAUUUAUAUUGGGAUCUUGGUGUAAUGUUUGAAUUGUUCCAUUUUACCUGAAAUUCAAAAAGCAAAAGCAGAAAACCCUGUAUAUUGGCACAACUCAAGGAAGAAACAGGAAAUGGAGAGUAACAGCACUCGCACAGCAACAGAGCUCUGCUGUGAGCUGUGACCCAUGUUAGCAGUCUCUUGUAUUCCACUUCCAGGUGACAGUGUGCCUUUCUGGGAUAGGGUUGUGGGCUGCUCUCACUGAAAUGUGAUACUUCAACAGUGCCAUCAGCUGGUAGUGGGCAGUGGUAAUAACCCCUUCUUUCCAAAGAAAAUCUGGGGGGAAAGAGAGCUAUUGUUAAAUCCAGAAAUCCUCCAGCUGUUAGACAAGGGGAGGAAGGAAGGACUAUCCAUGGCUGGAAAGUUGCAGGUUUUUAUGCUGUAACUUUACACACAUUUUGUAUGUGUGUAAAUAGAAAUGUAUGUGCUGAUUGAACAGUUUCAUUUUCAUGCAAGAAGGAGCUAAAGAUGAACUAAAUGAAAGGUUACACAAAACUAGCUAAACCAGUAACAUGUCAGUGGAUAAAACAGCUUGUCUACUGGAUUCCAAACUUGAAAUCAGUCUGCCUUACAUCUAACAAGGUAUUUUAUUAUAGAGUUGCUGUUCAUCAAAACUUAAUCUCUGGCAUUGCUCAGCUGUAGAUUCUGACCAAAACCAAUCCAGCCUGUCAGUUUUUCCUGACCUACCAGAACAGUAGGAGACUAUUUCAGUGAUCAAAUAGUGGAUUCUUAAAAUUAUGGUAUUAUAAACAUAUGGUUGCCUUAGUUCUUGAUUUCUCCACCUAUUUCACCAUUGCUAUAAAAUAUUUUGUCAUAACUUAGAAAUGGAGCAGGCAGCUCUACUGCUUGUAUGGUUAGAGCAGCUGUGGACUUGAAAAGGAAGUCUCCUAAUAUUACUUGAGGGGCCACAGUUAGUUGGUGGUUUUGGCCCCUUCGUUCCAGGACCAACAACUGUUGCUCUCGACCUGAGAAGGACAUGGCUUACAAUCACAUUGGUUUGGUUUGGAUAAGGUGGUUUGGUUCUGCUAGCUAGUGCAGAGCAGGAGCUCUCUGGAAAAAUGCUGAGAGCUCACAAAUAAGUUAAUGGUACAUCUGAUGGAAGGGAAGGAAGAUUACAAGGCAUCUGUCUAACCUGUUUUGUUUCUUCAGGGAUGAAUACAUGAAAUGUGAUGCUUUUGUAAUGUGUUACCUGCUAGAAUUUCCUCCUAGAAUUAGGAAAUCAAAACAAAGCACUGCAGCGAGCAGUAGUUAACUCGUCCAUCUCUCUUUACAGAAGUGUAAUGGUCCUUUCUUAGUUUAAUGCUGUCUCAACACUUACAUUGUGGAAAAAAGUUACUUCAUACAGUUACCCCCUCCCUUUUUUUUU